GCGUAAACACACGGACAGGACGCCGCACGGCGCUACCGCGUUAGCCCCAAAUGUCACAUGAAGUAGAUCAUUUUCCGGCAAGGGAUAUUUUUUAUAACUUAGAAAGGAGGUGCGAAAAAGGACAAUGGGCAUUUAUUGACUUUUAACGCCACAGAUGAAGCUCAACGACCGCUGACCACGAGCAUGUCUGUGCUGCGUUUGGUUAGCAGGCUAAGCUAAGUGCUAACUUAGUUUGAUUCGAGCGGCUGGGCGCCGCGGUGCUUGGAAAGACAUGGCAGCGGGAACAGGGGCCGCUCUCGGCGGCUCUCUGGAGUCUACCUUGGACAGGAAGUUUCAGAGCGUGACCAACACGAUGGACUCUAUUCAGGGACUGUCAACGUGGUGCAUCGAUAACAAGAAGUACCACAGCCUGAUCGUGCGACACUGGAUGAAGUGUUUAAAGAAAUCUGAUGGCGCGCACAGACUCAACCUGCUGUAUCUCGCCAAUGACGUCAUUCAGAACUGCAAAAGGAAGAAUGCCAUUGUGUACCGCACGGCGUUCGCCGAGGUGCUGCCGGACGCCUUCCUGCUGGUCAACAAUGAAGGAGACCUGAAGACCAUUAAAUCGGUGGAGAGGAUACUUUCCAUCUGGGACGAGAGGGGCGUUUAUUCGAGGACGCUCAUCUCUGAUCUCAGAAAUGCUUUAGUGAAAGAGGAGUCCCCUCCAGAAACACCGGUGGAGCAGAGGACUCCAGUUGAGUCGAAAGCCGAUCUGCGGUCCAAGAUAGUUGCUGAGUUUGUGCCACAGGCGCUAAUAGACCAACUGUCCAAGUACAAGAGAUCCCUGGAGGAGGUUGACCUCCGAGAAAAGCAGCUGACGGCUAUGAGAGUUGACAUCUGCAGCACGGACGCCCUGAAGAAACUCAAAGACAAGGCCGGAGGAAAGAAGUUCUCCCGGGACUUUGAGGAGGGGAGCGCGCAGCUCCAGGAGUUCGUCAAGUUCUUCGACAAGCAGAGCAGAAUGGGGCCCCCGCUUCAGGAGGCGCUCCGAAACGCCGAUAUCUUCUACGAGAUGCAGUACAAGGAGGUCAAGAUUGUUGCUAAUGCGUACCAAACCUUCGCCAACCGAGUGUCCCACCUCAAACGCAAGCUGGACACCCUGAAGGCCACCCUGCCGGACCUGGACGACUCGCCCAUCCCCUCGCCUUCCGCGGACGCCCCGUCCCCCACGGGCUCCGAGUCGCCGUUCCACGACAUGGAGUUGGCCUCCCCCCACCCCGACCUGGACGGCUCCGCCAUGGACGACGACGCCGAGCCGCCGGCCCCGAGCCCCCUCUCCUCCCCGGGGGGGUCGCCCAGGCCGGCGGAGGUCCUCGGGGAGAACGACAACCGCGAGGUGGAGGACAUGGAGCUCUCAGACGAGGAGGAGAGCGCCAGCGGCAUCAUAGUCGAGGAGCAGAUUGAGCCCUCGCCUCACCCAGAGGUGUCCACUCCAAUUUGUGCGAAAAGUGAGCCAUCAGUCGCAACGCGGCAGCCCACGGCGCAGGUCGCGCCCCCUGCAGCUGCUCGCGCAGCAGCUGCGGCGAGUGUCGACGUGGGUAAAAUUGGCUCCAUCCUCAGCAGCCUGAAUUCAGUCAUGAAGACCGCAGCCCCGGUGGUGGAGAAUCCUCCUCCUGCAGCUACUCCCGCUAGCUCCUCGGUGAAGAACGCCUCCGCCGCCCCGGCGACGGCGCAGGACCCUGCAUCGCUGGUCAGCCUCCUCUCCAAGGUGGACGUCAGUCCUGCAGACCUCCUCAGUGCUCUGUCCAAAGUCCAGGGUCACGGCAGGCUCACAGGCAUCUCUUCCCUCCUGGGCAGCUCAGCUGCAAAUGCCUCCUCAGAAUCGUCCAGUUCAGGCAAGACUUCCCCACCUCCCGCAUCCACAUCCGUCAAAGCGGUCCCCUCUCAGAAUCCGUCUCCGUCGUCCGCGGCGCCUUUGCCUUCGUCAUCCAGCUCCACUGUCAGGCACAGCACAAACGCCCCAGAACCCCCCCAGACCUCCGGCCCGGCCUCGGCCCUGGUUCAGGCCGUCCACAGAGACAUGGAUCUGACGGCAGAAUCCCGGCCAACUCUGUCCUCCACGAGUUUAGAGUCUAAAAUCCACAGCUUCCUGCAGGGCAACCCUGCUUUCAGUGCGUUUGAUUUUGGCUUAUCGACAAACCCGGGUCUGGGAGGGGGCCACCUCAGCCCGGCGACGGGGGCAGACACUCAGGAUGGGACCCCAGUGCGAGACGAGGGGGGAGGCACGCCGACUCUCGACGAAGCGAUGGAUAAACCAUUCGAUUCCAGCAUGACUCAGCCAUCUGUCGGUGAAACCGCUAAACCCAACCCCAAUGCAAACGUGUACCAGAACAGCACCCAGCAGAGCCUCGGCGCCCCCCAGGAGCAGCCGCUGAACGGGCAGCCGUAUCAGCCCUACGCGUCCGAGCGCAGGACGGCCGCGCCGGCGGCGCACUACCAGCAGAUCUCUGCGCUGACGGGGCCGGGGCCUGGAGAAAGAGCCCCAGGCAGUGCCGGUAACGCGCAGGCGGCGGAGGGCUUUCAGGGGUCCAGCGAGAGGAGCUGGUACGGUGACUCCUACCCCGAGGGGAGCUCCCAGCAACCCGGUGUCUACAACGCAACGGCGCCGGGGGGGCCGCGAGAAAAUAAGACGUCAGGAAUGUAUCCGUACCAAACGCAGGAGCCUCCAGGCUUGGUCUCCCAGCAGGGGGCCGUCACGUCUCCCGCGCUCUUCAGCAGCAACCUCCCUCCCGUUCCACGGUUACCUCCCCCGCCCAGCGGUUUUGAACUCCCCCUCUCCUCGAACAGCUUCGGGAUGAGGCCCCCGGAGCAGCAGCCGGGUCUCGGCGAGGCGGCGGGGGCCAGAGGCGGCAGCGUGAUCAGCGGGAUGGUGGUGCACGACCACCAGCACAAGUCUUCGUUUCGCCCCGGCGACGAGCCGCUCCGCCCGCAGCGCCCAGACGACCUGCCUUACCAGGAGGAUGCUAACCGCUACCCCGACGAGCCCCGCCAGCAUAACCCCUCCUUCCUCCAGGGCAACCCCUACCACCACCCCGACGAUUCCCACUACAGCCCCGUCAGUCCCGCGCAGCACUUCCCCAGAGUUCGAGGGCGCCUGUCGCCCCCGCGCUCCCCCCCAGAGGACCCCUUCUACCCCCACAGCUACCAGCAGCACGGCGCGCCCUCGCCGCACUACGCUCCCAGGCGGCCGCCCCCGCCGCCCCGUCAGGACAUGCGCCAGCCCGGCCUGCGGCCUCCGCACCGGCCCCCCCACAACAUGCUCCCCCCGCAGCCCAGGGGGCCCCCGCGGCCGCCCUUCGCCCGGUUCCCCGGACCCGAGCCCAGGCUGAGAGGCAAGCGUCCAGGACCGCCGGGUCCCAGAGGAGGCGGGCCAAUGUUCCCCCAGAAAAGACCCUUCCUCCCCCCGCGGUACUGACCGCCCAGCUCCCGAAGGAAGGGGCAGACCGCUGGCUAGUGCUGAGCUCCACACCCGGCUCUAAAAUAAAUUAAAAAAAACCUCCUGAAAGCUGAAAGUACGGGAGGAUAAAAGUGCAGAUGAUGGAUUAGGGCGAUGAGAGAUCAAGGAACUGAAGAAGUAUUGACAGCAGCGGGAGAAGCUGCUCGAAGGAAACCCUAAAUGUAAAGAAGAGAAAAGGCCGUUGGGAGGAGAUGGAGACAAGACGGAGGCUCUGAGCGGGCUGCUGAGCUGAGCUGAGCUGAGGAGUGAAGACUGAAGAUUCAAGAAAUUAAGAGGUGGAUAUAUAUAUAUAUAAUUCACUCUUUGGGUUAGUUUUUUUUUAUGAUUAUUAAUUUUGGCUCCAACAAGAAGCUUUACAUAAAACAUGUAGUUGAGUCAUUUUGCUAAAGGUCAGAGUGUGUGUGUGCACGGUCUGCGUGUGUGCAUGCAGUCAAGUGUAAGUCACCCAGUUACAGGCUAUUUUUUUCCCCAACAUUGAAUCAGAUGGUGGUUAUUUUUGGCUAAGACAGUAAUAUAAGAUUGUAGUCGGGGGGCAUUUUUUCCUGCUGUUAUUUUGUAUCGGGGCGAGCAGUUUUCACUGCUUCUCCUCAGCUCCGGCUCUCUCCCAGUAGCUCUCAGUAGUUGAUGCUCUCACAUUUCCGUCUCUGAAACGGCAGAAUUUAACAUAUUCCAGGGAAAUCAUUAUUCACUGUUCCUGCUGCGAAUGUUUUAUUUGUGAAGCGACGCUUUCUCCACUUUUGCGCCGGAUCCCGUCAGCCGUAGUUUUACAUCUCGUUAAGCUCCCAGAAGCAGAGCGCCUCUCCAGUCUGGAGGCGCAAGGGUUUUUUGUUUUUUUUUUUUGGUUUUCUUUUUUCUCCCAGCCAUCCAACGCCGACGCCGACUUCUGGAGGGGAUGAAGAUAAUCGUCUUCAGUUUUAUUUACUUGUUCUGAUUAAUAAAAAUCUGAGUUUGAAAAAAAUGUGUUGUUCCUUUUUC